AUGGCCUCGAUUACCGUCUUCCAAGGCGCCGUCGUUCAUUCGACCGAUCCUCAGACCCUCGAGACUCUCGGUGAAGCUACCCUUGUCGUCACGGACGGUCGCAUCUCCGCCUUCUACAAGUCCACCGACGAGAUCCCCGCCGAUGCAUUCGCCGCAGACGCUCCGAUCCACCGUCUUCCUCCCGGUGAAUUUCUGAUCCCCGGCUUCGUUGACACACACAAUCAUGCUCCACAGUGGCCAAUGCGCGGUCUUGGUCAGGGACUUCACAUCCUAGACUGGCUCAAUGAAAUUACAUUCCCCGUUGAAGCGCGCUUUGCCGACCCCAAGUACGCCGCCGAGAUGUAUGGGCAUACCGUCGAUGAUUUUCUGCGCCAGGGUAUCACGACAGCGUCAUACUAUAGCUCCAGGCAUCUUGAGGGAACCAAGAUACUAGCAGACAUUUGCAAUAGGAAGGGACAACGGGCGUUUGUUGGGAAGUGCAACAUGGAUCGCAACGCGCCGGAUUACAUCUGCGAGAAGAGCGCAGGGGACUCGCUACGUGAGACGCAAGAGUGCAUUGAGCAUAUCCGCUCGCUUCCUGGUUGUUCGAAGCCCACGCACGCGCUUGUUAAGCCCGUCGUGACGCCCAGGUUCGCCAUCUCCUGCACACCAGAGCUCCUCCAAGGCCUCGGCGACAUCGUCAAACGCGAUGAUACUUUGGCAAUUCAGACACACUUCAACGAAGCUCAGCAAGAAAUCGACGCCACAACGGAGCUAUUCCCACAAUUCGGUGGCAGCGAGGCCGACCUGUACGAGAGUUACGGUCUUCUCAACGCACGAUCGAUCCUCGCUCACUGUACCAUCAUGACCGACUACGAAAAGGAGCGAAUCGAGGCACUAAAGUGUGGUGUCGCACAUUGCCCCAUUGCCAACAUGACUGUCGGCGGAGGCUUCAUGGUCGCUCCGGUUCGAGACUUUCUCCGUCGCGGAAUCAAGGUCGGGCUCGGAACCGACAGUGGCGGUGGUUGGGCAUCACAAAUGCUAGCUGUUAUUCGCCAAGCCAUGAUCGCUUCAAACGCGCGCGAGGUGCUCUCGGACGGGAAGGACAAGGCUCUAUCCUUUGAGGAGGUAUUCUAUCUCGCGACGCUGGGAGGAGCGAAGGUUCUCUGUCUGGAAGAUCAGAUUGGUAGCUUCGCCGUCGGCAAGGAGUUUGAUGCCGUCUGGGUGACAACCUCCACUGGGUUGCAGUCGGCAAUGACACCGCGCGAAGAAAAGGACUCGCUGAGGAGGAUAUUCGAGAAGUAUAUCAUGACUGGAGAUGAUCGCAAUGUAGCGCAUGUGUAUGUUAGGGGGCGCCGAGUAGCAGGAAUUAGAUGA